AGGCCUGCAAAAACGCAAUAACACAAGUUGGUCUUUGGACAGCCAUUCAACAGCUUCUUCACUUUAGUCUGCCCCCUGCCCCUUCUCCUUCACUUCACGUCAAUAUUAAUAGCAUUUCAUCCGGUUUUCACGAUCUAACUCUGGCCCGCAGGAGGAGAACUACAUAUAUAUAUAUAUAUAUAUAUAUACAUGUGUGUACGCCUCUUGUUUAAGUGAAGGGUGAGCAUAAAAGGAAAAGAAAUGGUGGAAGAGUACGAGCGAAAGCUGGACGAAACUGCGACUUGGGCAGUGGCGACUGUGUGUUUUGCGUUGCUCGCCAUCUCCCUCCUUGUCGAGCACAUCAUCCACCUCGUAGGCAAGUGGCUAGAAAGGAAAAGGAAGCCAGCACUUGUUAAGGCCCUUGAGAAAGUUAAAGAGGAGCUUAUGCUGCUGGGUUUCAUAUCUUUGCUGCUAACCAUACUUCAAGAUCCGAUAUCAGGCAUGUGCAUUUCAAAGAAAGUAGCAUUUACCUGGCGCCCCUGUAGUGGGCCGCCCAAGGUUUAUCCAUACGGGGAAAGUUCGGCCUCGACGGGGAAGGAUAGUUGCACAACGCAGGGCAAAGUAGCAUUUAUGACAGCAUAUGCAAUUCACCAGCUUCACAUAUUCAUCUUUGUGCUGGCAAUUUGCCAUGUUCUCUCCUGCAUCAUAACCUUGGCCUUGGGCACUUUCAAGAUGAGGAAGUGGAAGUUGUGGGAAAACGAGACAAAGACAAUCGAACAUCAAUAUUUCAAUGAUCCUGAGAGGUUUAGAUUUGCAAGGGAUACAUCAUUUGGGAGAAGGCAUCUGCAUUUUUGGAGCAAGUCACCUGUUACUCUUUGGAUUGUCUGUUUCUUCAGACAGUUCUUUGGGUCUGUGACCAAAGUUGACUACAUGGCAUUAAGACAUGGAUUCAUCAUAGCACAUCUGGCCCCUGAAAACGAGACAAGAUUCGACUUCCAAAAAUACAUCCACAGGUCGCUCGAGGAGGAUUUCAAAGUCAUAGUCGGCAUAAGUCCAGUUAUUUGGUUCUCUGCAGUGCUCUUCCUGCUCUCAAACACAAGCGGAUGGUACUCUUACCUAUGGUUGCCCUUCAUCUCCUUGAUUAUAAUCUUACUGGUGGGGACGAAGCUCCAAAUGAUCAUCACGAAGAUGGGAAUCCAAAUUCAAGAGCGAGGGGAUGUGGUAAAAGGCACCCCAGUGGUUCAGCCCGAUGACGACCUUUUCUGGUUCGGUCGGCCCCGGUUCAUCCUCUUCCUCAUCCAAUUCGUCCUCUUUCAGAAUGCUUUCCAACUAGCCUUCUUUGCUUGGAGUACGUAUGCAUUCAAAAGCGUAAGAAACUGCUUCCACAGCAAGAUUGAAGACAUCGUCAUCAGAUUAUCAAUGGGGGUCUUAGUACAAGUUGUUUGCAGUUAUGUGACCCUGCCACUCUAUGCUCUAGUCACACAGAUGGGCUCAACAAUGAAACCAACCAUCUUCAAUGACCGGGUGGCUACGGCACUGAAGCACUGGCACCACACGGCGAAGAGGCACACCAAGGAGAGCAAGCACUCCAACUCGGUGACACCAUUCUCAAGCCGCCCUGCCACCCCAGAGCGCAGUGCCUCUCCCAUCCACCUCCUCCACAACUACCAGAACCGGAGUCUCGACAGCCUCCCGGUGACCCCUAGGGCAUCGCACGUCGAGACUGAGCACUGGGCGGUGACUGUUGGGUCACAUUCCCCUUCGAGAUACAGCCACGACGAGGCCGAUGACUCCCACUGGAACAGGAAAGCAGAUAUAGUAGAGCUGGACGAAGAGGGCCAACACCCAACCCAGGGGGCUGUUGAGCUCCAAAGGACUGGAACUUAUCAGCACUCCAUGAAUAACAGCUCCUCGGAUUUCACGUUCGGGAAGUGAACCGAGGUACAGAUGAUGGACCAGGAAACGGGGCAAAGCUACGUGAGUCUGCUGACCUUGAAGUGUGUGACUUUCGUUGUACAUGGCAUGUACAUAAAAGGAGCAGCAGCUGCCUGUGAAGUAUACAUAUAAAUAUACACAUUAGGCCAAUGUUAGGGCCAUUUGGGAUUUUUUGCAGCUUCAUGUUACGCACUUUCUCUUCUGUUUAUGUACACUCAUUUUGUUCCAAUAGAAGUAGAGAUUCCAAAUUAA